CGCAGGCAGGAGUGAGAGGCCCCUGGAGUCGCUGGCACCGGGAGCUUUGGAGCAUCAACGGUAACCAUGACCCUCCUGCUUCUGCUGUGUGUGUCCUUGCCCAUCAUCUCGGCAACAAUAUUGCUUGAAAAACACGAUGACUUGGAUGGCACGUUGCGUGUCAGUAUUCCAAUGGAGAUGCCUCUCCGCCCUCUGCUCGGCAGCAAGGUAGUGGUACCGUGCUACUUUCAGGACAGCACUGUCAACGACCCCGGAGCUCCAACCAUUGCCCCACUAUCCCACCGCAUUAAAUGGACCUACGUCACCAAGGAGAAAGUCACCACCAUCCUGGUGGCGUCAGAGGGAAAAGUCCAAGUGGAGACUGAGUAUUUGGACAGAGUGACGAUGAUCAACUACCCACUGGUGUCCACUGAUGCCACCUUAGAGAUAACAGAGCUCAGGUCCAAAGAUUCUGGCACCUACCGCUGUGAGGUGAUGCACGGCAUUGAGGACAACUAUGACACUGUGGACAUUCAGGUUCAAGGUAUUGUGUUCCACUACCGAGCCAUCUCCACCCGCUACACCCUGACCUUUGAGAAAGCUAAAGCAGCGUGUAUCCAGAACAGUGCCACGAUUGCCACUCCAGCCCAGCUCCAGGCUGCUUAUGAUGAUGGAUACCACCAGUGUGAUGCUGGAUGGCUAUCGGAUCAGACCGUCAGGUACCCUAUCCAGGAGCCCCGCGAGCGUUGCUAUGGAGACAAGGAGACAUUCCCUGGUGUGAGAACCUAUGGUGUGAGAGAUGUAAAUGAGACCUACGACGUCUACUGUUUUGCUGAGAAGAUGUCAGGCAGAGUCUUCUACUCCAUGUCUGUGGAGAAGUUUACCUUCUAUGAAGCUGGGGAUCAGUGUGCCAAACUUGAUGCACGCCUUGCCACUACUGGAGAACUUUACCUGGCCUGGCAGGCUGGCAUGGAUGUGUGUAACGCUGGCUGGCUGGGAGACAGGAGUGUACGUUACCCCAUCAACAUAGCCAGACCUCAAUGUGGAGGCGGGCUCCUUGGAGUGAGAACCGUCUACCUGUUCCCCAACCAGACAGGAUACCCCUACCCAGACUCCCGCUAUGAUGCCAUCUGCUUCCAAGCUGGUGAGGAUGAAGGUACCGUGCCAGUGAAGACCACCCCUUUCCCAGACAUCAUUCCCCUGACACCUGCCUCAGGAGUUUACCCAGGUAUCAUUCCCACUCCCAGGGGUGAGGAGAUCAAGGGUGGUGAAGUUGACACCCUGUCCCCACUGCCUGUCCCACCAAGUGUGACCGACACAUUUACCAAAGUGACUCCUGUUGUACCUGAGCCUGGACUUGGACUGACAGACAUAUAUGCUGCCAUGGCUCCCACAGGUGUGGUGUUCCAUUACCGACCCAUCACUGGUCGCUACACCCUGUCCUUUUUGGAGGCUGCCAGAGCCUGCCAGAGUAUUGGAGCAAUCAUUGCCAGUCCUCAGCAGCUACAGGCAGCCUUUGAGAAAGGCUUGCACCAAUGUGAUGCUGGCUGGCUCCGUGACCAGACAGUCAGGUAUCCCAUUGUAUCACCAAGAGAUAAUUGUAAUGGUAAUCCCCACCUACCUGGAGUCAGAUCCUACGGGCUGAGGCCAGCUAGUGAACUUUACGAUGUAUUUUGUUAUGUGGAACGUCUUCAAGGUGAGGUCUUCUUUACCAGUGACUACGACAGCUUUUCCUAUGAGGAGGCUGUGCAGCACUGUCAGAAACUCAACACCACCUUGGCAAACACUGGGCAGAUCUAUGCUGCUUGGAACCAAGGCCUUGACAAGUGUCGUCCAGGCUGGUUGAUGGAUCGCAGCGUGCGCUACCCAAUCACAACCCCCAGGUCCCACUGUGGAGGCGGGCAGGUUGGAGUCCACAUUAUCUACGCCUACCCCAACCAGACAGGAUUUCCUGAUGAGCAUUCACGCUAUGACGCCUAUUGUUUCAAAGCCGAUAGUACUGUUGUACAUGUUGAAACAGAAACCAUUGUGAAUGUGACAACAAUGACAGUAGAUGAGUUUAUCAACGAGACGACCAUCACAACUCAAUUUCCGCCAGUGAAAACAAUUUUACCUCCAAUCCAUGUUGAUGAAUCUGGCUCUGGUUCAGCCGAUCAUUCAACCAGUGGCCAGAUCUCAGGAGAGUCCAGCACCUCCAGUGCCAGUGGAGACGCCUCUGGAUCAGGACAGAAUGUCAUCUUCAGUGGACAAACAGACAUCUUCUCUGGAGAACCAUCUGCUUCUGGAGGCCCACAAGAGGCCGAAGGAGGAAGUUCUGUCAUCUUCACAUCUGGAGAACAUGGUAGUGCCUCUGGAUCAGGGGAGAGGCUGGACGGAAGGCAUUCUGGCUUUGGUGUUUCAGGAUCAGGUUUCACAAGUGGAAGUGGAGACAUCUUCAGUAGCAGUGGAGACACAAUGAUCAUCAUGGUGGAUGGGAGGACAGUGGAAGUGCCAAGAACUCAGAAAAACCCCACUGAGCAAGAGUUAGGUCAUGGAGGCAUUGAUUCCAGUGGGACCUUCUUGGAAUCAAGCAUGUCAGGAUCGGGAGAUAUUUCUGGGUCUGGCUCUGGUGGAUUUUCUGGCAUCUCAUUUAUAGACCACAGUGCUGUUGAUCUCACUGUUCAGGCAUCUGGUGAGCAGGAGGUGUCUGGAUAUCGACCCUUCCACAGCGGCUUCCCAAGUGGUUUUCCAUCUGGUGUCUCAAGUAGCGGCUCAGCCUCUGGGGACUCUGUCCAGUACCGUGGAGAUGUCGUCUACAUUACAGACAUUGAUUUGAUGGAAGUGACUGUAGCCCCACAGGUUAGCCACCCUCAGCAAGGAAGAGGGGAGGUGGAGGUAAGCGGGGAAGGAAGUGGGUCAGGGAUCCAUCAUGAAUUCAGUGGUACUUUGGACCAAAGACUGCAUCAGUCAGGAAGUGGUGACCAGGUGACCUACACUGACUCCGUGACUCCCGACUCAGCCUACACCAGCCCAACCACAACACCAUCAGUGUCAUUAGCAACCCCUUCUGUUGUUGAGCAGCCUGAAGUCGUGGAAGUCUCUGCAGAUCCCUGUGAACCAAACCCCUGCAGAUCAGGAACCUGCAUUGUGCAGGGAGACGUUGCUGUUUGUCAGUGUCCCACUGGUUUCACUGGCGAAGACUGCUCCACACAUGUGCAGGGCUGUGCCGAGGGCUGGUUGGAGUUUAUGGGCAGCUGUUACCUCCACUUUUCGGAGAGAGACACCUGGUCCGAGGCUGAGCAGCGCUGUCAGGAGCUUAACUCCCACCUGGUUAGCGUCGGCUCUCAGGAGGAGCAGCAGUUUGUCAAUUCCAAUGGUCAGGACUACCAGUGGAUUGGACUCAACGACAAAGAUGUGCAGAAUGAGUUCCGCUGGACAGAUGGCAGUCCUUUGACCUUUGAGAAUUGGAGGCCCAACCAGCCAGAUAAUUACUUCAACUCAGGGGAGGAUUGUGUGGUGAUGAUCUGGCACGAGGGUGGACAGUGGAAUGACGUGCCCUGCAACUACCACCUUCCCUUCACCUGCAAGACUGGUCCAGUUAUGUGCAGAGCACCUCCUGAGGUGGAACAUGGCCAUCCAAUGGGCAGCAGCAGAGAGCACUAUGCGGUCAACUCUAUAGUCCGCUACCAGUGUGAUGCAGGCUACACACAGCGACACCUGCCUAUCAUACGAUGUAUGCCAGAUGGACAGUGGGAGGAGCCCCAAGUGGAGUGUACAGAAGCUGGUGCCAACAGCAACAGGCUACACAAAAGAUCCCUCAGGAGGAGAAGUAAAGGUGUCAGCAGCCAACAGGAACAGAGGAAGCAGCACUGAGCGGGAAUGAAAGGACACACUGCAGAGAGCCACAAAGGACCCCUCUUGAAAAGAGGCAUGGACACCAAUGCAAAUGCCCUACCAAAAAGAUAAUAUUCCUCCCCAUGUAUAUACACACACACACACACACACACUUUAAAGCACAUUUAGACAGUAGUAGAGUAAUUAACAGAAAUUGUGUUUCUUUGAGUGUCACUCUAAAUCUUCUAGAGACACUUUUCUAUAUAUUUAUACUCUCUUAUUUAUAGCUGUGACCCAGUAUUUGGAAGAAUUACCUGAAUGCACAAACUUUCUGCAAUUAGCUGCCAGCACUGCAAAACAAAGUAAUGUAGAUAAAGCUGUAAGAUGGGGAUAUAAGAAGCUUUAGAGUGACACCUAAAGUCCAUGAAACAGCCCAAUAAGAGUAUGUGUCCAUUAAUUGCCUUUUUUUUUGAGCUGGCAGCACUCAUGACCAUAAUUUGAGAGUGCUUCUCACAGACGCUUAUUGUUGCAAGGGUACGAAAGUUGGCUCACCACACUCUCCUCGGUAGUGACACUAAUGUCAAUUUUGUAAUUGCUCCAUAUGCUUAAUAUUUGGAUUUAUUAAAGGACAUUUCAUCGACAUAAAAACAAUGUAAGGCAAUAAUGUCCUGGCAUGAGCAGCAUCUUUACAU